ACCGAGUGUUUGCAGAUAAAGCUGCAAUACCCAGACGAGUAUCUGAUUGGCGUGAGUGGCUACUACUGUCCAAUGGUUAAUAGUGGCACCCCUGUCAUUAGAUCAAUGACAUUCAAAAGCAAUAAACAAGUUUAUGGACCUUACGGAGUUGAACAAGGAACACCCUUCACUUUCUCAGUCAAUGGAGGACGCAUUGUUGGCAUGAACGGUAGGAGCGGCUGGUACCUUGACUCCAUCGGGUUCCAUCUUUCACGUCCUAAAUCAACCAAGAUGGUCAACAAGCUUCGGAAGAAGAUUCACUGGCUCACAAGGAUAGUAGCAUCAUAAAGUCUAUUGCACAGACUUGAUCAGAUAGCAUAUCUGCAUAGAAUGUACUAGAUAGACUCUACGAAUAAGGAUGUUGGAUGUAUCUUAUAGUCCAUAAGACCAAAAGUUACUGCCAAAGAUACUCUCUUUAAUGCACACAAUUCAAAAGGAAAGCAUAUCAUUGUAAUGGUAAAAACUAAAAACACACGAAGGUUUUUCAUAUUAAGUUAUAAACAAAGCAUAUUUCAAAGUAA